UAUUAAUUAUGGGUUUUUUUGUUUACACCGAGUGAAAUGUUUUUAUAAAAGUUAAUAAAAAAAUGUCAUCCUCCCAAAAAGUAUUCGUAAUUUUACUUAAAGCUGACAGCAAAAAAGUAUCUGAAAAAAAAGAAUUUGUUCAAAAUCUAUCAGAUAUCCUUACAAAUGAAGAAAUUAUACAAGACAUAACACAUUAUUCAAGAAAUCAAGAGCCAGAUAGACACCAAAAAGUAACAUGGAAUACCAUAUUUAUAAAAUGUCACCAAUUUUUAAUUGAUGAAAUAGGAAAAUCUGGCCCAUUAGCUGCUAAAUCAUCAUUACAAUUGCAAAAUGAUUGCUGUACACUUUUAUCAAAGAUAGCUCGUCAUGCAUGUACACCAUUUGAAAUUUUUUUGAAUUUUAAAGAUUUAAAAUUCAUGCUAUUUGAAGUAUUAGAGAGUGAUUUUUAUAAAAAUGCUUAUAAUACCUAUAUAAAUCUACUAACAGAUGUAGUUUUAUCAAAUCGAAUGCAUAGAGUUUUAAUUACCUAUGAAGAGUGGAGUAAUAUGCUUCAGAUUUUUUGUAAAAUGUAUGAGGAAUCCCAUGUCAGAAAGGAUGUUGCUUUACAGGUUUUACAACAAACAAUAUAUUAUGGUUGUUUACAAUCACGUUUAGUACAUGAUGUUAAACUGAUGCUACCUUUUCUUUCAAAUGUCUUCGAUGAUGUCAUCAAUGAUCCUACAAUUUUGCUGAAACCCGCUUACAAAUUAAUGUACACUGUGUGUACAGAAAUUGCAACUGAAAGCAGGAAGGCAUUAUGUAACUUUAGUGAAAAAAUACUUCCACGUAUGAUUGCCAUUGAAGGAGAUGCAGAUAAAUAUAAACUAUUACUAUUUUUUAUUGUAAUACAUCAUCCUAAUGGUGCUACAUCAGAUGAAAAAAGUGCAUAUGCCCACGACUGGAAAGAAUGGAAACAUACAAUGAUUAUUAUUUACAAUCAUAUUUUAAAAAAUAUUAAAUAUACGUUUUUGUUUUCAAGCUUCACUGCUUUAGCUAGUGAAGUAUUUAAACAAAUUCUUGAAGAUCACAUUUAUCGGGAAGAGGCAUCUUCUGUUGAUCCUGAAACUUCACUACGUAUUAAGCGUCAACGAUUAUCAUCUGAGAUACAAAAAUUACCAGAUUUUUUUAAUAUUAAUUUCGACAAAAAAGAAACGGAAUCACGAUGGUGCAUAAGUAAAAUAUUGAAAGAGAUGAUAGAAAAAUAUCCAAAUGUUUUAAACAAAAGAGAUUUUCAAGUAUUGUUAGAAUUAGUGAGUGAAUUAUUUGCUGAGACCAUAAAAAAUGAACAAGCUGUUGAUAGUUUAUGUGAACUUUCUAAAACUUUAUUAAAGACUGAACAUAUUUUGUCAGAUGGUUUAAUGUUUACAGAAAUUACAGAAAAAUAUUGGACUAAAAUUCAGCACAUAUUAUUGAGAAUAUUAGGAUUGAAACAAAAUGAAAAAGAAGGUCAUGAACUCUUGCAAUUAUUAAUCACGAAUUUUAAUACAUUGUCGAUUAGUGAGCUUUUGUACUUGUACAUAAACAAUGAAAUUCCAUGGUCAUCAUUUUCCAUUAAUACAUUGUACGUGAUAUGUCAACAUGUAAAUAUCACACAUUAUAUUGAAGAAUACCGAUUACCUAAUGAUCUCGUGAAGAAUCGUCUAAUUAAUUGGAUCCUUAAUAUACCUUCAUGUCGAGCGGUAAAAUCUGAUACAAUAUUAUCAUCAGGAAAGGUUCUUAUUUAUUUAAUAUUAAAAACAUGGUUCAAAGAUAAUUCUAAUGUUUCAAUAAAUCAAAAAAUUUUUCAAGAUAAUACAAAUACGAACGAUAACACUUUGUUUGAUUUACUGGCCAAUAUAUCAAAAUAUUAUUUAUCAUUAAGUUUAGAAUUAGAUAUUUUUAAAACUGAUGAUGUUUCUUUAUGUACUAUUAAUAGUAAUGAUAAUACGAAAUUAAUUCAACCAAUACUUUCUGAAGAAACUUUAUCUUCAAUCGUAACAAAAUUAUGUGAAUUACUAGAUGAUCAUGAAAAAAAUGUUGAAGGAGUUUCAAAGUUAAUAUACGACUUGAGUAUAGUUGCGACGUUUAUUUCUAGUUUAUUGGAAAUAAAUGUGGAGAGAAAUCACAAAGAAUUGGAGAAAUUAUUGAAUUCAUUUACUCGAUCAAUUGCUAGUUUAUAUAAAUUUAUUUAUGAAAAUGAUUUACUUAACAGGAAACAUAUGUAUAUCAUUGACUUAAUUAGAGCAUUAAUAACUCUAUAUGAAACGCCAUACAGCCAUACGAUCGCUACGAUUAUUAUUGAACAAUGUCCUCUGGACUUUUUACGAAAAUUAUUAGAAUUGGUGAAUUUUGAAAAUAAAGAAGAACUUGGUCGAACUGAAGAAGAUCUUGGCAUUAAAUACUUUGAAUGUAUUUUUGACAUUCGUGAUAAUUCUCAAUGUAAACAAAGAAGUAGACGAUUAUCAUUAGGUCAUAUUAAAGUAUCUGAUGACCAUGCAAUCACUAUUGGUGCUCACAAAAUAAUAGCACUAUUUGGAUGCAUAGACUCUGGUGGUAAAAUUUUUGAAAUUCAACAAAAAUUAUUAGAGAAUAUCCUACAAGUUGAAAUAUAUGCUCCAACAGUGAUUGGAAAUUUUUGGCAAGCAUCAUUAUUUUUACAGACAUUGACAAAAUGUCGUGAAGAUUUCUUCUCUAAGGAAUUUAUCAAUAAAGUAAUAGAAUUUUUAAACCAACUAACUCAUAAGUGGAAAAGAGACUAUAAUGCUGUGAAAGGUAUAACUGAAAUAUUACCAUUAUUCUGUAAACAUUUAACAUUUGUCGGUGAAACUAUGCAAACUAUUUUAGAAAUAUUUUUAUAUACUCAUCACCUUAUUCUGGCUAACAGAUUCGGAUCAGCAGUAUGUUUGAGCUUUUUGAAAUCUUUACAUCAAUUCAUUCAAGUAAAAUCAUCAUUAGAAAUAUUAUCCAAAGAUACUACACAAAAAACAAUCACAAUCAAUGAUGUAUUAUUAAGAUAUAUUGGAAGUGCUUUUUUUGUUGUGCGGUUUGAAACAAUAAAAAUUAUACAUGACAUAUUUCAAUCAAAAACUUUAGAGAUACCGAAAAAGACUUCAUUUUUAGAGACUAUUAAAGAGAGUGUUUUAAAGCUGUUUGAUAUUCAGGAUAUAUCAUCUAAACAAGAUGAAUGGAAUAAUAUAAUAUCAACUACAUUAUAUACACUUGGAAGCAUAAUUAAUUCUUCUGGUUUCUUUCAAACUAAUGUGCUGAUUUUCAUGUUAAACUUACAUGGAGAAAGAGAAGUACCGAUAAAUAUGAUACUUAAAACUCUUGAUAUUGCAGUAAAAAAUGAAAAUUAUAAAGAAAAAUUAAUAAAUAUGAAUCUUUAUACUCUUAUGAAAAAUUGGAUGGAUAGAAAAUAUUCACAAACAUUUCCAUGGAUGAUUACACAGUCAACUUCAGAAGAAGAAUUUUUUAAAGAUCACAUGAGUGUAUUUAUUUUAAUAAAACUAGAAGCUCAUCAAUUAACAGUUAUUAAUACAAUUUGUGAAAAACUUGGAUGCCCUUUUCCUGAGGUAAUUGAAACCAAUUUUUCUACUGUAAUAGUUUGGAUACUUUCAACUAUCUCACAAGCCAGUGAAACUGAAUCACAAUCACAUAAACAAUAUGCAAGACAUAUUUUUGAACAAUUAAAAAAAAAUCAAGAUAAAUUUGAAGGUAUUAAAAAAUUAUCAUAUUUAAUUGAAAAUCAAUUAAAUAAGAUUUUGAUAAAUAUUAUUGAACGAUUUCAUGAUAUAGAAAAUUUUACUGAAAUGUUUCAUGAACAAUAUAAUUAUAUACCAAGUAUAAAUCCACCGAAUUUAAAUAGUACAAGUGUGGGAAAAUGUUUACAUUAUUUAGAAAAAUUAUGUCCAGUAUUUGGAAAUUCGUUAAUUUCAUAUUUAACAAAUGAUGGAUCAAAUAUAUUACAACAAGUUUUAUUAAUGCUAUCCAACAAUAUUUAUGAAUCUCCUAUGAUUGAACAUAAAUUACUAACAUUUCAUCAAUAUGCUUUUUUUUGUAAUUAUUUAAUUCAAGAAAUUUCAAAAGUUACUUUUGACACAAUGGCAAUGUUCUUUUUAAAAGAUAUUUGUUAUACUCUACUGCAUCUCAUUAACAAAGAAACAGAGAAAUUAUCAAAUAUUAUUGCAGGAUUUUUUUACACAAUUCUUAAAACCUCUUUACCAUCGAGAUCAGAAGAAAUCAGCAGAAUUUUAGAUUUCAUUGUUGUUAGUUUAAUAUCAGCAAUUCAAAAAAAUAAAAUAGAUGAUAUUGGCUUAAAAAUAAUCCAUUUUUUAAUAACUUACUCGACUGAUCCAAUAAAAUUGGCUGUACUUAAAUUGGAUAAAUUUCCAAGUGAUUCAUGUUUUGAUAAAAUUCGUAGCAUUCAUUCUGCUAAUAAACAUUUUGUCGGUGACCUUAAUCUUCAAAAAGAAAUAAAAAUAUUUUUGGAUUUAAAAAAUGAGAAAAUUACAACAUAUAAUUAUGAAGUAAUUUCAGAAUUAGCUAAAGUGUUACAUGAUAAAAAAGAUGAAUUAAUUCAAAUGUAUAAAGAUCUUGAAAAAUUACAUGGUUUUACUGAAGAUUGUAGAUCAAGUUUACUUCAUAGAUUAAUUUAUAAAUUAAUGAAAUUAACAGAAAAUUCAAAUGAAAUAAUGUUUUUGGAAAUUGCCAAGUGUCUUGGUGAAUUAGGUCCUGCUAAUUUAACGACAAUGAUAUUACAUUCAGAAGAACAUCAGGCUAAAGAGGAUGGAAAUUUUGAAGAAAUAUUUAUUUAUAAGAUAAUCAUAUUGUUAAUAAAGUUUCUUGAGAGUAAUAAUAUUCAAUUAAAAAUGAAUAGUGCUAGUGCAUUACAUCAAAUAUGUUCGACUUCUCAAGGAAAAAAUAUAUUAACACCAAAAUACCUAAAAGAUAAUGAUGAAGCAUCAGCAUUAAUGUUAUUAAAUUUAACUCAACCUUUUAUCAAUAAAAAUGAGACUAUAAAUGAUAUAUUACGUUUAAAUAAAAAACAUUGUAACAUAUAUAUAAAUUCACAAUACAAUUUAUGGAAAAAUAUUUCAACAAAUUCAUAUACAGAAUGGAUUUUAAGUGUAUCAUGUAAAAUUUUACAUUGUUUCGAUAACUCAUAUUUUUCAACAUUAAUUCCAAUUUGUAAAUUAAACAUUGAAUUUGCAGAAUGGAUUUUACCGAAGCUCAUCUAUCUUAUAAUUCUUACAGAUGAUAAAAUAGCUGACAGACUUUGUAAAUCAAUCGAUCGAUUUUUUGAACAAAAUUUUAAUUCUUUUAAUGAUACAAUAAAUAGUAAUCAAUUUAUUGACUCUUCUAAUCAUAAAUCAAUGAAAUGUGUCUUAAAUGUAAUCAAUUUCAUAAGGAUUCAAUGUGGUGAUAAUUUUAUGUUAAAAUUAAAUUAUCUUUAUGUUGCAAAAGCUGCACAAUUAUGUUCAGCAUAUUUUUCUGCAAUAUUUUAUGCAGAACUAUACUGUGAAACAUUAAAACAAUCGAUUGAUAAUACGGAUAAUAAUGAAUUUAAUAUUGAUUACAUCUGUGAAGAAAUUGAUAUUGAGACUGGUAAAACAUUACAAAAAAUAUUAUGGGAAGCAUUUACACAUAUUGGUGAUCCUGAUUCUAUACAUGGCUGUGGAUUAUCUCAUUUAAAAAAUUUAUCGUCACGAAUACAGUAUUAUACAUAUUUACAACAAUGGGAUAAAGUUAUUAUUGCAGUAGAUGCAGAAUUAAGUUCUGGACUUUCGAAUUUUAAUGACAUGACAAUAGCAUUACAAAAUUCUGGUUUUAAUUAUUUAUUAAGUCGAUUUAGCAGUACUCUAAGAGACGAUGAAAAUAUGGAUAAAAACAUUUAUGAAACAGCUUGGCGAUUAUCUGAUUGGAAUAUUAUACCUAACAAAAAUUCAUCAAAACAAAAAACUAGAAUAACUAAGAAUCUUAUCAGUGAUGAUCAUGACUAUCAUUAUUAUCAUUAUGAAGCACUUAAAUCAUUACAUGAAAAUGAUUAUGUCUCUUUACAAGAGUAUAUUAAUAAUGCUAGGAUAGGAAUAAUAAAAUCAUUCCAUAAUAUCAGUCUUGAAUGUAGUGAAACUAUUUAUCCAAAAUUAGUCAAAUUACAAAUGCUUUUAGAACUUGAGCAAAUGGCUGGAACGAACGAAGAAAAUUUAGAACAGUUAAUUUCAUCAUGGAAAUCACAAAAUGUUCCUAAUUUAAAUGAUUUUGUUCAUGUUGAGCCAAUUUUAACUCAAAGAACUGUUUUGUUUAAAGCUAAAUAUUCAGUAAACCAUCUUGAAUAUUUAAAUGAAGCAUUUAUUGAUACAUGUUUACAAUUAUCAGAAAUAGCUGAAAUGCAAGGUCAUACUAAAAUUGCAGCUCGUAUAUUAAUUUCUUUAGCUACAAAAAAUAAUUUACCAACGAAAAUUCAACAUCAAUUGCAGUAUCGUGAUGCUUUGUUAAAUUGGACAAAAAAAGAUUUUGAUAUAGCUCGAUAUUUAAUGAAAGAUUUAAUAAAUAAAAGUGAAUUGGAAUCUGGUUUUUAUGCUAAUAUAUUAAGAAUUUAUGGAAAUUGGAUGGCAGAAACUAAAUCAGAAAAUCCUCAAAAUAUUAUUGAUAAAUAUUAUAAAAAAUCAAUUGAUAUUCUUUCGAGAAUUAAAGAUCAAUCAAUUGAUUGUAUAAAUAAUUUAAAUGAUACUUAUGCUGCUUUGGCUCAAUUUUCAGAUACGCAAUAUCAGCAAAUAACAGCAUUUAUGAAAACUCCUGGAUAUGAGAGUCUUAAAGAAUGUACUCAAUAUGCAAAAAAUAAUAUUACAAAAAUAACUAAAAAUAAAGAUGUUAAAAGGGCAUUAGAUAUUUUUAAAAAACAAAAUCAAAUUGAUGUUGCUGAAUAUACGAAUAUUAAAAAAGAACAAAAAUUUUAUUUAGAACGUGCUAUUCAAUAUUAUCUUACGACAUUGGAAACUGGAGAUAAUCAUAAUUUUUUUAUAUUUAGAAUUAUUUCAUUGUGGUUGAAUAACAAAGACAAUGAAACAGUGAAUGAACUUUUUGAAAAUCAAUUGGAAAAAAUACCUUGUUAUAAAUUUAUUCCACUAAUACCACAAUUAGCACCACAUUUAAGUGAAACUAGAAAUAAUACAUUUAAAUCACAAAUUUAUCAACUGUUAAAAAGAUGUACUGAAGCACAUCCACAUCAUACACUUCCAAUACUUUUAGCUCUCGUAAAUACUCGUAAAGAUUAUGAUUUUCAAGAAAAAAAAGAUACAAAAGUUGAUGCAACUGAACGAGAACUUGGUGCAAAAUGUUUGAUUUCUGAAUUUCGAGAUAAUAAAAUAUAUCCAAUUAUUCAAGAAAUGAUAAAUGUAGCUGAAGCAUUAAUUAUGUUAGCAUAUCAUGAGUUUAAUGAUCGAGAAGCUGCACAUCGUAUACCAAAUAAUCAAAAAAUUAAUCGUAUUAAAAAUUAUCGUUAUUCUAUGGUACCUACAAUAACUCCAAGUAUUGAACCCACGGGUAAAUAUAGUGAAGUAAUAAGUAUUUAUAAAUAUGAAGAUUGUUUUGAAGGUGUAGGUGGAGUGAAUAAGCCAAAAAAAAUUGUUUGUAUUGGAACUGAUGGAAUACGAAGAAAACAAUUGGUAAAAGGCAAAGAUGAUCUAAAGCAAGAUGCUGUUAUGCAACAAGUAUUUACUGUGAUGAAUCUACUUCUGGUAGCAAGCAAAGAAACAAAACGAAGAAAAUUAAACAUAAGAACUUACAAAGUUGUACCUCUAUCACAAAGAUCUGGAGUAUUAGAAUGGUGUGAUAAUUCAUUACCCAUUAUGGCUAUUCUUAACAGAGACAAUAAAUUCAGUGGUAUGCAUAAUAAAUAUUAUUCUAAUGAUUGGAGUCUUCAAAAAUGUCGAGAAAAAAUCAAGGAAGCAGCAGCAAAUAAUUCAGUGUUAACACAACGAAAAAAAAUUUAUUUAGAAUGUUGUAAACAUAUUCAUCCAGUGUUACAUUUAUUUUUUAUGAAUACAUUUCCAUCACCUGAAGUGUGGUUUGAAAGACGUUUAGCAUUUGUACGUAGUGUAGCUACGAAUUCAAUGGUUGGAUACAUUUUAGGUUUGGGUGAUAGACACUUUAAUAAUAUUUUAAUUGAUGAAUUAAGUGCAGAAGUUAUACAUAUUGAUUUUGGUAUUGCAUUUGAACAAGGCAAAGUUUUACCAACACCGGAAACUGUACCUUUUCGAUUAACUCGUAAUAUAGAAGCAGCAAUGGGGGUUUCAGGUAUUGAAGGAGUAAUGCGUAAAUGUUCUGAAGAGACAAUGACAGUAUUACGUAAUAGAAAAGAUAUUAUAAUUACACUUUUACAAGUUCUUUUAUAUGAUCCACUUUUUUCAUGGAUGGUAACACCUGCUUUGGCAUGGGAAUUACAAAAUGAUGGAAUGAAACCUAAGAGUAAACAAUAUGACGAAGAUAUUGGAAAUGAUAAAUUUAAUAAAGUUGCUGAAAAGGCAUUAUUGAGGUUGGAACAGAAGCUUCAAGGUACAGAAGAUGGAUUGCAAACUAGUAUUCCUGGACAAGUAGAACGACUUAUCCAAGAAGCCCGUGAUCCUGCUAAUCUCUGUCGACUUUUUUAUGGUUGGCAGGCUUAUUUAUGAAGGAAAAACCCUGCAAGAUAUUCAUUAUUUAUUAAUAUUUUUGUCAAAUAAAAUGAGAUUUUUCUAUUAUUAAAUUAGAAUAAUUGUUUCAUUUUUUCAUGAAUAAAGCAUA